AAGGCACCGCAGGCACCGCAUGGGGGACAUGGCAGUGCUGCUGGCCUUGUUUGGGGCACUGGUGCUGUCGGGUGGGCUCUGCGUUAACCAGGAGGAGCGGCUCAUCCAUUACCUCUUUGAGGAGAGAGGCUACAACAAGGAGGUGCGCCCCGUUGCCUCUGCCGACGAGGUUGUGGAUGUCUACCUGGCCCUCACCCUCUCCAACCUCAUCUCACUGAAAGAGGUGGACGAGACACUCACCACCAACGUAUGGGUCGAACAAAGCUGGACUGAUUACCGUCUGCAGUGGAACACAUCUGAAUUCGGGGGUGUCGACGUGCUCCGCCUGCUGCCAGAGAUGCUGUGGCUCCCUGAGAUAGUCCUGGAGAACAACAAUGACGGGCUCUUCGAAGUCGCCUACUACUGCAACGUGCUGGUCUACAACACUGGCUAUGUCUACUGGCUGCCCCCCGCCAUCUUCCGCAGCGCCUGCCCCAUCAACGUCAACUUCUUCCCCUUUGAUUGGCAGAACUGCACCCUCAAAUUCAGCUCACUGGCAUACAAUGCGCAGGAGAUCAGCAUGCACCUGAAGGAAGAGAGUGACCCAGAGACCGAAAAGUAUUACCGGGUGGAGUGGAUCAUCAUCGACCCUGAAGGCUUCACGGAAAAUGGCGAAUGGGAAAUCAUCCACCGCCCGGCCCGCAAGAACAUCCACCCCAGCUACCCCACUGAGAGCAGCGAGCACCAGGACAUCACCUUCUACCUCAUCAUCAAGCGCAAGCCACUCUUCUACGUCAUCAACAUCGUCACACCCUGUGUCCUCAUUGCCUUCAUGGCCAUCCUUGUCUUCUACCUGCCUGCUGACAGUGGUGAGAAGAUGACUCUGGUGAUCUCGGUGCUCCUGGCCCAGUCUGUCUUCCUUCUGCUGGUCUCCCAGCGCCUGCCUGCCACCUCCCAUGCCAUCCCCCUCAUUGGCAAGUACCUUCUGUUCAUCAUGCUGUUGGUGACGGCCGUGGUGGUGAUCUGCGUCGUGGUCCUCAACUUCCAUUUCCGCACCCCCAGCACUCACAUCAUGUCCGAUUGGGUCAAAGAGGUGUUCCUGGAGAUCCUGCCCCGCUUGCUGCACAUGUCACACCCAGCUGAGAGCCCAGCAGGUGCCCCGUGCAUCCGACGCUGCAGCUCGGCCGGGUACAUUGCCAAGGCAGAGGAGUACUACAGCGUCAAGUCCCGCAGCGAGCUGAUGUUUGAGAAGCAGUCAGAGAGGCAUGGGCUGUCUAGCCGUGUCACCCCUGCCCGCUUUGCAUCAGCAGCCACAAGCGAGGAGCAGCUCUAUGAUCACCUGAAACCUACCCUGGAUGAGGCCAAUUUCAUUGUCAAGCAUAUGCGGGAGAAAAACAGCUACAAUGAGGAGAAGGACAACUGGAACCGCGUGGCACGCACCCUGGACCGCCUCUGCCUGUUCCUCAUCACCCCCAUGCUAGUGGUGGGCACUCUCUGGAUCUUCCUCAUGGGCAUCUACAACCACCCACCACCACUGCCCUUCUCUGGAGACCCCUUCGACUACCGGGAGGAGAACAAGCGCUACAUAUAGGGCAGCCCUGAGAGUGGGGGUAGGGUCCUUUCUGGCAGCCCCUCCACUCCUUCCUGCCUACCUGUUGCGGCUAGGAGAAAUAAAGCUGGGUGCUUCACAA